CAAAACUUACUCGAUUGCGCGUUUCUUAUUCCUGCGGGAGAAAAAUAUAAGAUAUAAAAGAAAGAAAUCGCUCUGUAUUAAAUUGUGAUUUGAAUGGGAUUUUGCCUAAGGAUGCGAUCGUCGCAGAUUUUUGAAAUCGCUCUGUAUUAAAUUGUGAUUUCAAUGGGAUUUUGCCUAAGGAUGCGAUCGUCGCAGAUUUUUCCAGAGUUCGUUGCCAAAUUACCUGCUCAAUUUCUUUGCAGCGUGAAUACUGCUUUUGCGGGUUUGGAUUGUGAUUUCUGAAUUCAAGGAAGAAAAUUAUAGAAUUUUCUUUAUCGUCUUAGGAUAAUGAAGAGAGCAGCGGAAAAGGAAAAGGAAAAAUCAGACAGUCGGAGAUCAAAACGUAUUAGGUUCGCUGAAGGUUGUGAUGAAGAUCUGCGUUUACCGUUAGAAAUAGUCGAAGCACAAUCGUAUCUGAUUUUAGUAAAAGAGCAUUUCAAGAAUGACAGAGGAAAAUAUGCAGGGUUUAUUCAAAUCCUCAAUGAUUUUAGGUCAAAGACAUGUGAUACGAUUGGGGUUAUUACCAGAUUGAAAAAGUUGUUUAAGGGCCAUAAACUUCUUUUAAGUUUUAAUAAGUUCCUUCCAAGAGGCUUUGAAAUCUUAUUUCCUCUCAAAGACUUUAUACGCAAGAAACACCAAGUUCAGCUUGAGGAAGCCGUGAUAUAUAUUCGAAAGGUUAAGACGCGCUUCGAAAAUGAAGAAUAUAUACGCAAGGGAUUCUUUGAGAUGCUUACUGGGUAUAUGAAGGGAAACGUGAAGAUCAAUGAUAUACAUACAGAGGUGAAAUCGCUAUUUUGUGAUCAUCAAGAUCUUGUUGAUGAAUUCGCGUAUUUUCUACCUUCCUCCACAAGUUCAGAUCUUAUAUUGACUUGUGUUAAAGAUUCACAAAGAGAAGACAUAGGCAAGCAAGGACAAAAAUAUUUAACUUUAAAUAAUAAUUGCCCUCAAAGCUUUCAAUUUGCUUUGGAGAAAGAUGUGGAAGGAACAUCUGAUGCUAUAGUGAAUGAGCACCCUAAGAAGGGAGAGAAAGAGAAGGAACUCAAAGAAGGUUGGCAGAGGAAGGAAGAAGAAGAUAGGGGUGAAAAAAGGCCUCCACAUAAUAUGGAGAGUGAAUUAUAUGUUAUGGAUCAGCAUUCUCAUGGUAGAAGGAAUUUGAUAGACAAUAAUCAACAGCGUUUGGACUUUUUUGAGAAAGUAAAAGCAACUAUUGGAAACGUUGCAUAUCGAGAAAUAAUGAAAUGCAUCAAUAUGUACAACACAAAAGUAAUCAACUCAGAGCAUUUGCAGUGUCUGGCAGUUUCCAUUCUUGGGAAAUGUCCAGAAGUUGUGGAUGAAUUCAAUGAGAUUAUUUCUCAAAGUACAACUGGGAAAGAUGGAGAGGAAGAAUGUACAAAGCAUGAUAACAUGGAGAAGGAAAAGGAAAAAUACAGGAAUUUCGAUGUGGUGCUGGAGAAGGAAAAUGAGAGAACGAAAGAAACAGGCUGUGAAGAAAAUAAAGAAAAUGAGAGAAAGGAAGAAAACGACAGGGAAGAAGACAAAGACAGACACACAGAUCCACAUCAUAAAUCAAAAGUGGUGGUUAUAGAAAAUGAGAGAAAGGAAGAAAAAGACAGGGAAGAGGACAAAGACAGACACAAAGAUCCACAUCGUAAAUCAAAAGUGGUGGUUAUAGAAAAUGAGAGAAAGAAAGAAGAAGACAGUGAAGAAGAUAUAGAUGGACACAAAGAUCAACAUAAAAAAUCAAGAGCAAUCUUGGAUGACAAUGCUUUCCCAGAUUCAAACAAUGGGAAAAUCACAUACCAACCCAUGUCAGAGAUGGACCUUUCUCAUUUGGAGCAAUGUACUCCUAGUUACCGUUUGCUACCACAGAAUUUCGUGAAACCCAUUGCCAGCUGUUCAACUGGUCUUGCAGCAGAGGUAUUGAAUGAUAUCUGUGUAUCAGUAGCAUCUGGUACAGAGGAUUACCGAAAACAAAAGCAAAUCAACCCCUAUGAGGAGGCCAUUUUCAUUUGUGAGGAUGACAGAUUUGAGUUGGACAUGGUGAUAAAGAAUUCAGAAGCUGCAAUUAAGCGUAUACAUGAGUUACUGGAAAAGAUACAUGACAACACAAGUCAGACAAAUGCUGAUUUCAGAAUUGAAGACCACCUGACAGCUAUGAAUUUAAGGUGUAUUGAGCUCUUGUAUGGUGAUUUUGGGCUUAAUAUAAUGGAUCUGUUACGUGAAACGCCAGAUCUUUGUUUACCAGUAAUUGUAAAACGACUUCAGCAAAAGCAUGAUGAAUGGGUCGAUUGUCGUACCAGAUAUAACAUAGUUUGGGCAGAUGUUUAUGCAAAGAACUAUCAGAAAUCUCUCGACCACCAUAACUCCUGCUUUAAGCAAAGAGAUACAAAAAGUUUGAGCCGGAAAAGAAUAAGAACCCAUAUUCAUUUAUGAUUUUGAAAAUACUAUGGGGGGAUUGUUGUAUAUAAAUAAUAAUUCUGAUUGUGCAAAGAUAAUUGAGGUUUCCUCAAUCUUGUUGGAAUAUUUUGCUGUGUA